GCUGUCUACAUUCUUCGAUAUUGAGCAGGGGGUCCCACAAGGUUGCACGCUGUCCCCAACAUUGUUCCAGGUGUUCAUCAACGAUCUGUUGGAAGUCGUAGAGGCAGUCCGGAAGGGAGCAAAAGUAGGGGGCACGGAAAGUUCGGUGUGAAGAAUGCUGUUUGCGGAUGAUUUUGUCGGUAUGUCGGACACCCCUGAGGGACUGCAACUGCAAAUUGACGCGGCGAAGAAGUUUACUGAUAAGUGGAGAUUGUCUGCCAACGUUCAGAAGAGUGCCGUCAUGGUAUGCAACGAGAACAAGGAGGAACCAGUAGAACAUAGAUGGAAGUGGGGGAUCGAGGAGAUUGCAGUAGUGGACCAGUACACAUACCUCGGAGUAGAGAUCGCAAAAGACUGCUCGUGGAAUGCACACAUGUCCAAGGUAGCGGAAAAGGGCAAAUCACGAGCAGGGAAGCUGCAUCCAAUACUCGCAAACCGGCACCUCGAUACACGCAUCAAAUUGGCGGUUUUGAAGGGCGAGUCGUACCGCCGCUAGAGGACGCCGGGAGAAGUAUGGGAAGGAAAUAAGA